GGAGAAGAGGCAGAAACCUGCUUGCAUUAAAACAGUUGAGAGCUAAAAGAGAAAUGAUGAACUGCAGAUACAUCUUCAUCAUCGUAACCAUCCUGGUCCUAUCGGGACUUUUGACAGACGCUCGAGCCAUUGGAAAUGUGAAAAUCGACCUGCGUUGCAAAUGUAUCGGAACUGCAUCUGUCUUUAUUUCUCCAAAGCACAUGAAGAACUUGGAAAUCAUCCCACAUGGACCACAUUGCCACAAAACUGAAAUCAUUGCUACUCUUAAGAAUGGAAAGAAAACAUGUUUGAAUCCAGAGUCACAGUGGGUGAAGAAGAUGCUAAGCAAGAUAACACAAUGAAACAAAGAUCACUAAGAAUAUAUAAAGGACUCAACCUCUUCUGAACUUGUCGACCACAUGUUACCUUUGCCAACGGGCUGAUGGAAAUUCACCUCAGAGAGAGGUGCUGAAGAUGCUUGAAAAAAAAAUCAAGAAAUAGUUAAUUUCUGGUUUUCACUGGUUAGGCACUGUGUGCGAUUUAUUUGUACCUGUGGAGUUAUUGUCUGGGGAUAAGGUUCUUGUGUUACACCAACCUGUCAAACAACCUGAAUUCUGCUGGUCCUCAACUCCUCUCCGCCAGAAUCCUUAACCACCGUAGUUUCUGGGCUUAGUAGUGUGGAGUGAACUGGUGAGAGGGGUUAGAGGGUUAAUACUGCUGCUCUUGCACAAUUGCAGGUCCAGCCUGCAGUUAUUUCCAUUAUAACAUGUUCAAAAACAUUCAUGUACAUUUUAAAUAUGUUUUGCUAUUGAACUUUGCAUUUAAUUAAAAAAAACACAGAAGAUUAACAUGGUGAAAUCAAUCAAACUAUUCUGGAUUGUUUCACCAGAAUGCAUGCAUAGAGGUGAUAGGAUACAGGUAUUGGCAUAACAAGGGUUCAGGAUGUCCGUCCAGAUUACAUUUUAUUAGUAUAUUUGAACUAUUCCACAUAAUUGCAAGUAUUCUAUUCCGUAGGCAACUGCAGUUGAGUUAAAAUUGACAAGGGUGUUACUUACCAGAAAUGUACUGCAGAGCAAAGAAAAAGCAAAGUGAAAUUGUGAUUAUUUCAAGAAAUGUUUCAACAAUUUUGCAUAGAGAUGUUUGAUGCCUUGUUGCUUCUGCUGUUUAAAUCAAGGAAGCACAAUUUGCUGUUGCUGCAUUAGCAAGUGCAUAUUCUGAAAGAUCCACUCAACAGCACUCGAAUCACAUUCAACAGCAGUGUGCAGGAAUGUACUCAUUUAUUAUGUUAUUUAAACAUAUUUUAUAAAAUUUAAACUAUGUGUAUUUAUUAUUUACUUUCAUUAUUUACCUUUGUAUAACCUAUGGUCCUUAACGCUUUUAAUUGUUUGAUGCCAUCUAUUAUAAUGAUUGUACUCACUUUAAAGUAUGAGAAAA